AUGACAGUCUGGCAGCGAGAAGCCGGGACGACUGGCUGGUCCACUCUCGAAGUUGUUGGCCCCGGUUAUUCGCAAUUAGAGGUUGCUCCUGACAAACAAACGCCCGAAGUCGUUGGACCCAACUACUCGCAAUUAGAAGUUGCCCCUGACAAACAAACGCCCGAGGUUGCGUAUGAACAAGUGGGAAAAGAGGUUUGGCAAGCAGAACAACAAUCAACAGCAUUCAUCGACCCCGCAUCGACAUAUAACGAUGAUAAUCUGACGCAGUCGCCUUCAACUGCACUCACCGACAAUGCACAUGCAGAAAAAGGUUUACUAAGGCGGAGGAGGACAUGGAUCCUGCUCUGCAUAAUAUUAAUUGUCAUCCUUGGCGUCGUCCUGGGCGUGGUAUUUGGAGUCGUGCUGCGUCAGCAGGGGAAUGCCACCACUACCUCCAGCUCAUCGCCAGAUGAAGAUUCACGAGGCGGCAACAGUGAUACAACACCAUCUCCCGAAACAAGCGCCCUAUCGACAGUCCCUAGAUGCGCGUCAUCCUUCUGCCCUCAAUCUCUCAAUGGUCUCGUCGAAUCAUACACAACGGUCGACCAAACGCCCACAAUCCACCUCCUUGCUCGCGACCAGAAAGGUGACAUUCAGCAUGUGGCAUCAGCCUCGGGCGGCACCUCAUUCCCCAACAAGUGGAGGUCAUACGGCGCAAGCGGAUACUACCCAGACACCCUCGCCUCUACUUUCCUGUCCAUCAAGGGAAGAUACAGCAUAUCAUUCUUCGGCGUGGUCUCGGGCUCGACAAACAUCACGCAUGACCACGUGGCCUACCAAACGAUCGACAUAGCCAACGGUUCUGCCAGCAACCCCAUAUACCUGGGCGAAGGGAGGUUGAUAGCCCAGAGCGCGCCGGCCGUGUGUGCACCAGCAAACUCGGGCAUGAGCGGCUCCCCGCCGACCGACAUGAGCGUCUUCAACAAGGCCGGCUUCACCAACGAGAACGACGGAGGGAUGUGGUGGAGGUUCUCGCACGGCACGCCGGGCACCUUCUUCCCGCACUACGUCCACCAGGUCAACGACCUCGGGUACAGCACCAUGCCCGACGCGCCGCCAGGCAUCGCCUGCCGAGACGGGCCCGGGGCUCGGUACGACAUUGUGGCCUACUCGAACGCGACAGACGACUUCAACGCCUAUCACAAAUGGUUCCACUUCACCAACGACAAGUGGUCCGACUGGCACAAGAUCGGCGGUCCAUUCAAGCUGGGGUCCCGACCGAUCUUGGUCGAGGCGUCCAAGGACCGGUUCGACUUUUUCGGCGUCGGGGCCGACGACGCGAUCCACCACUUCACCUUCCAGCAGCAGGGUGAAAAGUACAGCGACCUGCAGAGCCUGGGCGGUUCAUUUGCCAGCAACGCGGCGGGCGUCGCCAUGGGCGCAGACGGAGACCGUAUCGACGUCGUCGCCAUCAACAAGGGGGACGGGAAGUUGAAGCGCAAGGCGUUGGUCGGAACCAAGUGGGAUGAGAAAUGGGCGGAUCUGGGUGUCACUGCUUCCAGUGUCCCGAGACUGAUGAGGAUUGCGGACGAUAAGCUGGUUAUCAGCAUUGUCGCAGCGGACAAAACUGUCUGGUUCUCCGAGGUCAGGAUAUUAGACGACGGGAGCUGGUCCGAACUCAAAUGGCACUUGAUCGAGGGUAUUCAAGUGGAAUAG